AGAUCUGUAAGGAGAGGAGCCGUUUGGAAAAGGUCUCUUAAAGCCAAAAUGGUGGGCAUUCCAGGUAUGGUCUUUGGAGGUGUAGCCGGCUUGGCAGUGGCCACGAUUGCUGUCCCAGCAGCAGUGGGAGCAGCAGGUUUCACUGGAGCUGGAAUUGCAGCUGGCACUCUGGCUGCAAAAAUGAUGUCAGCAGCGGCCGUCGCCAAUGGUGGAGGAGUAGCAGCUGGGAGCGCUGUUGCCGCGCUUCAGUCAGUCGGUGCUGCUGGGCUGUCCGUUGCUACCAAAGCUGCCGUGACUGCUGUUGGAGCACUGCUACCUGCCAUCUUUCGUAAAAAAUAAGAUACACGUGCACAGAGGCCAUAUCUACUUGGAAGAGCAGUACUUGGAAAAUUAUGUUUUGCCAUCAACCGCAUGACUCGCUUAACUUGCCUUAAGCAAAAUGUGAUUUUAAUCAAUGCUACGUUAUUCCUACUGGCCAAAAUGUGCAACAACAAAUAAAGCUUUGAGAAUUAAACAACAA